AUAUCAAAGCUACGCUGGAGCAAAGUUGAGAUCACAUCAGAGCAAAGUUGAGAUCACAUCAAAACUUUGUGAAAAUCAUGAUGUCAGAAACAAGACGGUUGGAGCGAUUGGAAAAAUCCGUAGAGAAAUUACGGAUUAAUUUUCAGAAAUUGCUCGAACAAAGUCAAGGACGACGUCAACGCCAUCACAAAAGCCGAAGGGACCGCCGCCCAUCACCGCCAACGCCACCGCUACCAUCACCACUGCCGCUGCCGAGCCUAUCGCCGGAGAAAGAGGAAGAGGACGACGAUGAAUUUUUCGAAGAACCCCAAUUGUUUGUGAGUUCGCCGAAAGAAGAAGAAUCGGAAUCAACUGAGAUAAAGUGGGACGACGAGCCGAAAGAAGAAUUAUCGGAUGCACUUGAGGUAAUUUGGGACGAAGACGAGGAAUUAACAAGGGAGGAGAACGAAGAGCUACGAUGGAUAUUGGGAGAUUUCAAUGAUCUUCAAAACAAAGAAGACGAAGGAGUAUUGACGAUUUUCAAGGAGAUUAAGAAAUCUAACAUUGCUAUUGAGAAGAUUGAGGUAUCACUAAAAGUGUCAAAUAUUUCCUCGAUGAUGUUUAAUGAAUUGUUUGACCAUAACAAACAAUACGUUAAAGAGUCAACGAUGGUGGAGACAUGUGAUGAAGUAGUCGAUCAAUUGAUUGAGAUUCGUGUUCUCAGCAUCCUACAUGAGAACAAAUUAUUUUUGAAGAAAUUGGAUGGCAUCAAGCAUAGAUGGAAGCGCAAAAAAGAGAGAGCUGCAAAUAUUCGAACCUGCAAAUAUUCGAACCUUGAGGACAAGAAUCGGAAGAUCAGGUACUGUUUUAUGCGCAGGAGACUCGAUCUCGAAAAAGAACCGUUUGAUCCCGAAAUCGAACGUACUUUUCGAGCCGCUAAAAGACUUCAACGCGCAAAUAAUAUAAUGGAGGACGAAGAACGCAGAGACGCAGAGGGUUAUUUACUCGAUGCGAACGGAAACCAAAUCCAAAACCAACCCCCACGACUUCCACUACAACCAGCAGCUAUGCCACGGGCACUUCAGGACUACAUAAUACCGACUCUUGACGGAUUCAGCCCGCGCAUCCAAUAUCCACCCAUUGAAGAGCAUAAUUUUGAGAUCAAGAAAGGCCUCUUGACGAUGCUCGAAAAUAACGAUUUAUUUAUUGGAUUGGCAGUUGAAGAUCCCCCAUCUUCACAUUGUCAAUUUUCUCGAUACCUGUAA